AUGAUUGCUUGCGAUGGCUGCAACGAAUGGUUCCACUACCGAUGUGUAGGUGUGCAGGAGAGCAACAUCCGUGAUCAGGAGAUGUGGUUUUGCCCGACGGAGAAGUGCCAGAAGGUUGAAGAAGAGCAGGCAAAGCAGCUGGAAUAUCCAAAGAAGAAAGGUAAAUCCUCCAAAAAGACGCUCGUAACGGACGAGAACUCGGACAAGUCUAGCGUCAAGUCCGAUCGACAGUCCGGUUCCCUUCUUGAGAAAAAGCUUAAAGAACUAGAGAGGGAGCAAAGAGCGAAGGAGAAAGAGUUGGAGAUGGAACGCCUGUUGAGGCAGAAAAGGAUGGAGAUGGACCGCGUUCUGAAGGAAAAGAGACUCAAAAUGGAAAACGAAAUGCGGCAACAGGAAAUGGAACAAGAAAAGGAAUUGCUUGAAAAGGCUCUUAAGGAUGAGCAAGCUCAUUUAAAACAAAUGGAGCAAAUGCGUGAAAAGUACCAGGCGAAGAUAGCAAGCGUGAAGGGAAAGUUGAAUGCUACGACUGAUUCCAAAAACCAAAAAAGGAAGCAGGAUCCACUGGAAGGACAUUCGAAAGGCAACAAGCUAGCACAGGAGAAGAACCAAAGCGGAUUAAAGCCGGCAAAGGGUACAAAAAGUGGAAAAACGGAAGCAAGGCCUGUGGAUUCGGAAAAUGAAGACAGCGAAGAAGAAACUGAGGAAGGAGAAUCUGAUUCUGGAGAUGACGGAUCGGAUGAAGAAAACGAAGAGGAAAAUGAGGAAUCCGAAGAAACAUACGACGAAUCUGAGGAGGAAUCAGAGGAAGAAAUGAAACCGGAAAAGAAAUCGAAGAAAAGGCAAGUAAAGAAGAAAGUAGAGCUACACGGGCUGGGGCAGAAAUCUGCUGGACCUACGAAGACGCAACUGGCUGCGCGGAACGGAAUCUGCAGGAAACUUCCCAUAUUCACUGGGAAACCGGAGGAAUGGCCUCUGUUCAUAGGCAGCUACGAAGCGUCGAACGAAGCAUGUGGAUACAACGAUAUCGAAAAUCUUGUUCUUCUACAAGAGAGUCUUAAAGGACCAGCAUUGGAGAGCGUUCGGGGACAAUUGCUGCUACCAAAAUCCAUACCGAAAGCCGAGAAGUUGGGAACGUUUAUUCCUUUCGGAAAUGCAGUAGAGCAACUUUGCGACCACCUUGAAGCGGCGGAUCUGGAACAGCAUCUCGUGAAUCCAUUGCUGGUACAGAGUCUGGUGGACAAACUUCCUUCAUCCGAUAAACGCGAAUGGGUGCGCUUCAAAACCAAAAAGAAGAAAGCCACCUUGAGGACGUUUGCUGAUUUUCUCUCGAGAAUUGUAUCGGAAGCAUGUGAAGCCAAUGCCUGCGUCGAAGUUAAAGGAGAAGCUAAAGACAGUCGUUACGGAAAAGCUGGUAAAGGAGCAGUAAAGGAGAAAGGAGCAUUCUAUAACCACAGCGUGAGCGAAAGCUCGAGAGAAAGUAAUGCAGUUAGCACCACUGUACCCGAGAAUCUAAAGCCUUGCAAAGCGUGCAAGCGUACAGAUCACCGGCUGCGGUUUUGUCAAGACUUCAAAGCUAUGUCGAUCGUGGAUCGUAUGAAGAUUGUUGAAAAAGCCAAGCUGUGUAAAAUCUGUCUGAAUGACCACGGAAAUGCAGUUUGUCGAUUCAAGAUGCGAUGUAACGUCGGCGAGUGUUGGGAGCGCCAUCAUCCUCUGCUGCAUCCAACAGUAUCAUCAAUUGUGAUGAACACACACAUCAAUCUUCAAGGGACUGUCCUCUUCCGAAUGAUUCCAGUGUCGCUACAUUGUGGGAAUCGGACAGUGAAAACACUAGCUUUCCUGGAUGAAGGAGCCUCAAUUACGUUGGUGGAGCGAUCGCUAACCGACCAACUCGGAGUGAAAGGAAUUCUUCAGCCACUCACGAUAAAAUGGACCGCUGACGUCACUCGAGUUGAAGAAGGCUCAACAAAGAUGAAUCUGUGGAUAUCCGCUUCAGGAGACCAGGAAAAGCUGUUUUUGAAAUCCGUACAGACUGUGGAACAACUUCUUCUGCCGAAACAAUCACUGGACGGCACAGCAAUGUCUUCUGUUUACCAUUUCCUUCGUGAUCUACCGAUCUCAUCGUAUUCCAGUCAAAGACCCGGAAUUCUAAUCGGUUUGAACAACCUUCACGUUAUCGCACCGAUGCAAGCAAAAAUUGGAGAACAAGGAGAGCCAAUCGCUGUAAGGUCUAAACUCGGCUGGUCAGUUUACGGACCUACAGGAGGACAACCGCAUAGACAGAAUUUCGUAGGGUAUCACCAUGAAAUAACUAACGAAAAUCUGCACAACCUGCUGAAGGAACAAUACGCGCUGGAGGAGUCGGUGGUUGCUGUGUCACAGGAGUCGAAGGAAGAAAUACGAGCUCGAGAGAUCCUAGAACGUACUACAGUGCGCGUCGGUGACCGCUUCGAAACCGGAAUGCUGUGGAAAACCGACAACCCAAAAUUUCCGAACAGUUUUCCCAUGGCGGUACGCAGAUUAAAACAGUUGGAGCAACGGCUGGAGAAGACACCGGAGUUGUAUGAAAACGUGCGAAAGCAGAUCGAGGAAUACCAGCAUAAGGGCUACGCACAUCUAGCGACACAAGAAGAAUUGGCUGAAUUCGAUCCGCAGGAGUCAUGGUUCCUUCCCAUCAACGUAGUUCUGAACCCAAAGAAACCUGCAAAAGUAAGGCUGGUGUGGGACGCAGCGGCAACGGUAAAUGGUGUUUCUUUGAAUUCCCAGUUGCUCACAGGUCCAGACAUGCUCACUCCACUACCGGGUGUUCUCAACCGUUUUCGGGAACGACCCAUCGGAUUCGGCGGAGAUAUUCGUGAGAUGUAUCAUCAGCUACUGAUACGGGCGGCAGAUAAGAAGGCACAGAUGUUCGUGUUCCGAGACUCAUCACGCGAUUCUCCAAGCGUGUACAUAAUGGAUGUAGCGACGUUUGGAUCCAAAUGCUCACCGUGCCAAGCGCAGUUCGUGAAGAAUCAAAAUGCCAUCGAGUUUUCUACGCAAUUUCCAGAAGCAGCAGCAGCGAUAAUAGAGAAGCACUAUGUCGACGACUACUUCGACAGCGUCGAUACAAUCGAAGAGGCCAUCACUAGAGCAACGGAUGUGAGAUAUGUUCACUCGAAGGGAGGUUUUGAGAUUAGGAACUGGGUGUCGAACUCCGGAGCGUUUCUCGAUGAACUGGGAGAAGUCCGGCAAGACCAGUCGGUACAUUUCAAUCAGGAUAAGGAAAGCGGGACUGAGCGAGUACUUGGCAUCAUCUGGGAUCCAAGGCACGAUGAGUUUUCGUUCUCGAUGGAGCAUCGGCAAGACGUGCGGCCGUAUCUGCUCGAAUGUCAACGUCCUACAAAGAGAAUAGUUCUGAGCUGCGUAAUGGGAUUUUUCGAUCCGUUAGGUUUGCUCACACCAUUCACAAUCCACGGAAAAAUGGUGGUGCAAGAUCUGUGGCGAACAGGCUGCGAAUGGGAUGACGAAGUAGACGACGAGAGUCUUCGUAAGUGGGAACGCUGGACGGGUCUGUUGCCGACGGUGGAAGACAUACGUAUACCUCGCUGUUACUUCAAAGAGUUUCGCUCAACGUCCAUCAACUCUCUGGAGCUGCAUGUUUUUACUGAUGCAAGCAUUCACGCAUACGGUUGUGCUGCCUACUUCAGAGCUGUAAUCGACGGAGAUGUAAGGUGCUCGCUGGUGAUGUCACGUUCGAAGGUGGCUCCAUUAAAACUACAGUCAGUUCCACGUCUCGAACUGAUGGCUGCUGUUCUCGGGGCGAUGAUGCUGCAAACGGUAAGAUUAAACCAUUCACUUACCAUUUCAAAAUUCGUUCUUUGGAGUGAUUCGCAAACGGUGCUGAGCUGGAUCCGGUCAGAUCAGCACAAAUACAAGCAAUUCGUUGCUUUCCGAAUCUGUGAAAUAUUGGAACUGACGUCUACUAACGAUUGGAGGUAUGUUCCGUCCGAUUUGAAUAUCGCCGACGUCGUUACGAAAUGGGGACAAGGACCACCACUGGAAUCAGACGGUCCAUGGUUCAAUGGUCCACAGUUUCUACAUAAGCCAGAGUCAGAGUGGCCCGAGCAGCAGAAAGCGAAGUUCAACGUCUUGGAAGAGAUGAAAGCAUGCAUGCUGUUCCACGACGCAUCCAGUCCGGUUAUCAACGUCAACGUAAUGUCACGGUGGUUGAGGUUGAUUCGAAUAGCAGCCAACGUAGUUCGGUUCAUUGCCAACUGUCGGCGAAAAAUAGCUAGGCAUCCAAUCCUAGUAUCGAAGGCGGGACGCAACUUGGAGCGUUCUGUCAUAGCGAAACCGGAAUCCAUCUGGUCGCCGCUGCUUCAAGACGAGCUCCAAGCAGGAGAAAUUAUGCUUGUGAAACAAGCCCAGCAGGACAGCUUUGAGGAGGAAGUGAAGAUAUUGGAAACCAGCCGUGGACGCAACCCGGAUCAAUCGCCGGUACUCGUUGACAAGUCAAGCUGGCUCUACAAGCUGAGUCCGAUCAUCGAUGCCAAUGGAAUUGUGCGCAUGGGUGGAAGAUUGGCGCUAUCGGAAUCGGUUCCUUUCGAUACGAAAUUUCCGGUAAUUCUUCCCAAGCGACAGAUCACAAGUAUGAUCAUCCAAUAUUACCAUGAAAAAUAUGGUCAUGCCAACAAGGAGACCGUGUUCAACGAGCUUCGUCAACGCUUCUACAUCCCAAAGCUUCGAUCAACCAUUUCGCUAGUCGUGAAAGACUGCAUGUGGUGCAAAGUCAACCAAUGUCAGCCACAAGUUCCGGUGAUGGCACCACUUCCGGUUCAACGGGUCACGCCGCAGUUGCGCCCCUUCAGCUCGGUCGGAGUUGAUUAUCUGGGUCCUGUAGAAGUAUUGGUCGGUCGUCGAAGAGAGAAGAGAUGGGUAGCUCUGUUCACUUGCCUUGCGGUACGAGCCAUUCACCUCGAAGUGGUGCAUAGUUUGACCACGCAAGCUUGUAUGAUGGCGAUAAGGAGGUUCAUCUGCAAGCGAGGUUCGCCGGACGAAUUCUUUUCGGACAACGGAGCCAACUUCAAGGGUGCAAGCAAUGAGAUGUACAAAACGAAGCAGAAGGUCAGUACAGAAUGUGCGGAAAGUGUCACAAGUCCAGCAAUCAAGUGGCAUUUCAUCCCUCCCGGAACACCCCACAUGGGGGGUAGCUGGGAAAGAAUGGUGAGAUCUGUUAAGGAAGCUAUGAGAGCUUUAGACGACGGCAGAAAGCUAACGGAUGAAAUACUCUUGACCACGUUGUCGGAGGCGGAGGAUAUGGUCAAUUCACGUCCGUUGACAUAUCUUCCACAAGAAACUGAAGAAACCGAAGCCAUCACACCAAAUCAUUUUUUGCGCGGGGCUGUCAAGGAUGAGGAUCAGAUUGUCGAUGGGGAGGUUGAACUGGCAGAUGCUCUGAGGAACGUUUAUAAGCGGUCACAGUACCUGGCCGAUAGGAUGUGGAAGAGGUGGAGCAAGGAGUACCUACCCAGUAUCAAUCGGAGGACAAAGUGGUACGAAGAGCGAAGACCGUUGCAAGUGGGAGAUUUGGUGUUCAUAGUAGAUGGUGCACAGCGGAAGAAUUGGGUCCGCGGAAUAGUUGAAGAGGUUGUAGAAGCUGUGGAUGGCAAGAUCCGGCAAGCCAUGGUGAAGACAAAUAAAGGCGUAUUUCGGAGAGCAGUGGCCAACCUAGCCGUAGUGGAGAUUCCCGGUAAUUCCGGGACAUCCGGCAGAGCGGAACCGGAGUUACGGGCUGGGGUGUAA